AAAACCCUAGCCCUCAUCCAUACCUUGGCGGCACCUCGGCUAUAAAUCCCCUUCGAACCCCACUCUCGCUUCUCCUCUUCCCAAAACCUUCCUCUCUCACUCAGUUUCGGUCAAAAACCCUAGUUUCUCUCUCCUCUCCGUCAGCAUCAAUGGAGUUCUGGGGUGUUGAAGUCAAAGCUGGAGAGCCCCUUAAGGUCGAACCGGAGGAUGGCAGAGUCAUACAUAUUUCACAGGCAGCACUGGGUGAGGGAAAAAAGGGAAAUGACAUUGUCCCACUUCGCCUGAAGAUUAAUGGCAAGAUGUUUGUUGUGGGUUCUCUAUCUGGGGAGAAAUUCCCUCAGGUUUCAUUUGAUUUGGUCCUUGAGAGAGAAUUUGAGCUCUCGCAUGAUUGGAAGAAUGGGAGUGUUUACUUUUGUGGAUAUACUGCGGAGAACCCUUAUGACGAUGGCGAGGAAGGAUUUGGUUCAGAGAGUUCAGAUGAGGAUGAAGAUUUUCCUUUGCCUGUAGGAAUCACUGGGAAUGGAACAAUUGAAGCUAAAGUUAACGCACCAACAGCUUCCAAGCCCAAAGCUGCUAAACCUGAAUCUUCUGCCAAGCCAAAGGUGACUGUUGUGGAACCAGAAAAAGAUGACGAUUCUGAUGAAGAUGACUCUGAUGACGACUCAGAUGACUCAGAUGAUGAGGACAUGAUGGAUGAUGUGGAGGACAAAGAUGACUCUGAGGAUGGAGAUGACUCGGAGGACGAAGAAGAGGAGGAGACACCUAAGAAGGCGGAGGCGAAGGCUGGCCCCAGCAAGAAGAGGGCAACAGAAUCUGCAACCAAAACACCUGUUCCUGCAAAGAAAGUGAAGUUAGAUACACCCCAGAAGACAGAUGGUAAGAAGGGUGGUGGUCAUACAGCAACUCCCCACCCUUCAAAAAAGACGGGAAAAUCUCCAGCAGCUAAUAGCAACAAGGCGAAGGAGCAGACCCCAAAGUCUGAGGGCAAAGUUUCUUGCAAAACCUGCAACAGAACAUUCAACUCGGACAAUGCCCUUGAGUCUCAUUCAAAGGCCAAGCAUGGUAGCACAUAGAGGCGGCAACCAAUUUUCUUCUAAUCCGUUGUCGUUUGUCCUUCGGAGAGGCCAAGCUUGUAGCUGUCACUGCUCUGGUGAAGAGAUUAGAGCCAUGUCGUGUUUCAGCAUUGUGAUGUUAUGAUGUUAAUGUUUGGCGAUCUAGUAGUAGACUUCGUAUUACCAAUAUAAUACCCAAGUUUUGGUAGUUCUGUGAGAUGUAGCAUGGAGAGAUUACUUGCCAGUUAUUUCAGAAUACUUAAAUAGUUCUUGUAUCUGAUUUUGCUAUUCUGGUGCUUGUUAAAUGGUGGUUCUAGUUUAUGGUGUUUAAUUUUUUAAACCUAUUUGUGUUGAA